AUGGGAUACAUCAUCACCCCCCCUCCCAUGGACACAUCCCCUUUGUCUCUGAUUCUCACUGAGGAAGAGGAUGAUAUUAACGAACUGAAUUUGCCGAAAACAUGCGAAAUAGAUUUCUCCGACCAGGACGACCUCCUCAACUUCAAGCUAGUUAUCUGCCCUGAUGAGGGUUUCUAUAAAGGGGGGAAGUUUGUCUUCAGUUUUAAGGUAGGCCAAGGCUACCCUCAUGACCCUCCCAAGGUGAAGUGUGAGACCAUGGUGUACCACCCCAACAUAGACCUAGAGGGCAACGUCUGCCUAAAUAUCCUCAGAGAGGACUGGAAACCUGUACUAACAAUAAACUCUAUAAUUUAUGGUCUGCAGUACCUCUUCUUGGAGCCAAACCCCGAAGACCCCCUGAACAAAGAGGCUGCCGAGGUCCUUCAGAACAACAGACGCCUGUUUGAGCAGAACGUGCAGCGCUCCAUGCGGGGCGGCUACAUCGGCUCCACCUACUUCGAGCGUUGCCUCAAAUAGAACUGACCAGCCGCCCCCACCCCUCCCACGAGGGACUCUGCCAACACCGCUGCCUUCAGCCACCGGGGGGCAUGGGAGCCUGGCACUGGCAGGGCCCCCCUCGCUGCUCAUGGCCUCUGCCCCUGGCAGCCUUCCCCCCACUCCUGCCCCCUGGCUGGAGGGGAGGUGGCUGCUGAGGGAUGGGGCAGGGCUUACAUUUGUAUCCCCUGCCCCACCCAUACAGCCCCCUCUUCCCUAUUGGUCGCUCUCCUGCUGGUUUCCCAGUAUGCUCAGGCCCUGAGCAGAGCGCCCUCUAGCCGUGGCCCAGCGUGAGCGCACUGGCUCCUCCCCCUGGCUUCGCAGAGCGCAUCUAUUUAUUAGGCGGGGGGCUGCAGCAGGGGUGUAGGGCAGGCCGGGGGUGCAUGCAGUCCUGCCGUGGGGGGGCUGGGCCCGCCCUCCCCUUUUACAUCCCUCUUGUGUCUGGUUUUUAAAAACAAAGCGCCCCACUUACAGCAAAGCGAAGGCUGAUUAUUCAAUGGGACCGGGCUGGAGGCGGGGCCUGGGUUGAUUGAACCCCGCCCCCUUCUGCCCCAGGCCUCACCCUCCAAUGAACUGGUUCUUUGCCAUGCUGGGGCCUCCUGCCAGCCCCGGGGCCAUGAAGCCACUGUACUCUAGCGUGUCGGGUUAUUAAAGGGGAAUGUUAGCGCACCUCACUG